CAGAGUAACAAAUUCCUCCCGCUGCACCGUUCCUCUCUCUUCCCUGUCUGUCCGUGUGCGUGUGCGUGUGUGUGUGUGUCAGCACAGACACAGAAACACGCACACACACGUAACCGCUCAUCGACAUACCGACACACGCUGUAUCGCUGUGUAGCUCCUCAUUGGCGAGCUGGUGCAGCUGACUGACUGACCGACUGUCUGCUCCAGGCUCCUUCAGGGCUCCCCGCUCCCUCACCGUCACUGAGCUGCCAGCAGGCUCCGCAGGGAGGAAGGUCCGGGGACGGGAUGCUUUUUACGGCGGGGGCUCCGGCGGCGGCGAGCGCUUAAAGCACAAGUCUCCUGCCCCGGCGUUCCAAACACUUCUGUUAAGCUUUCUCCGGUGAAAUAAUGACUUCUCUCAUUUGUUGAGUUCGGGAGGAAAGGAGAGGUUGCAAACAGCGCGCCGGACACCAGGACUAUUAUCUGAGGCAGGAUGGCUUUUUUUGAUGAACAGAGCUAAAAGGAGAAGCGAAGAAAAAGCAAAGGAAGAAAAACAUAAAUCAAUUAUAAAAAUAACAAAACAUAAAAAAGAAGAAUGUUUUCAGCACUUAUUUGAUGUUCUUAUACACUCAGUAAUUUUUACUAUCUUAUAGUUGAUUGAGUUGUGACUGUUUAGUCACUGGGUCCAGGGUCUGAAUUCUGCUUCAAAGUUCUAUCCGAGGUUCGCUGAGAAGAAAGAAGAUUGCUGUUUAGGUCUCUGUUUGAAUUUCACUGCUCAGCCGAAUACCCAGUCCUCCCAGUGACUCCAGUAAUCAGUGGCAACCGGAGGUGAGGAAGGAGCGCACCGGAGACAGCCAGGACCAUGAUCAGGAUCUUCCCGGAUUUCAGCGUCCAGGUGACGGCCUCGGCGACCGGAGGAAUCGGGUCUGGUGGUGGAGGAGGCGGAGCCGGAGGGAUGGUGACUGGACCCCCUGUUGGUCGGGUGCCUGUUCCGGUACCAGGGGCCACUAACGGGACCCCACAGGGUGUCCAGGGAAUAUCCGCAUACCAGCAAAGUGACCCCUACUGGGAGCGGCCGUCUAAUGCAGGCAGCUGCUCGAACCCCCGGCCCAAGACCCUUCACCUGGCCGGCCAGCAGCAUACCUCCUCACCAUGGCUGCAGGCUCUCCGGAAGGAGAAAUCAAGGGACGCUGCAAGGUCACGGCGAGGGAAAGAGAACUUUGAAUUCUAUGAAUUAGCCAAGAUGCUGCCAUUGCCUGGUGCCAUCACCAGCCAGCUGGACAAGGCCUCCAUCAUCCGCCUCACAAUCAGCUACCUGAAGAUGAGGGACUUUGCCAACCAAGGGGAUCCGCCAUGGAACCUGCGAAUUGAGGGACCCCCGCCCAACACCUCAGUGAAAGCUAUCGGUACUCAGCGGAGGAGGAGUCCCAGUGCCGUUGCCUCUGAGAUCUUCGAACCUCACCUGGGUAGCCACAUAUUACAGUCACUGGACGGUUUUGUAUUUGCACUAAACAAGGAAGGACGUUUCCUCUACAUCUCUGAGACUGUUUCCAUUUACCUGGGAUUGUCACAGGUGGAGCUAACAGGAAGCAGCGUGUUUGACUACGUCCACCCUGGUGACCACGUGGAGAUGGCAGAGCAGCUUGGCAUGAAGCUUCCUCCGGGGAGAGGCAUGUCUCUGUCCCAGGGAGUGGUCAGCGAAGACGGAGCGUCCUCAGCGUCAUCAUCAUCACACUCUGAGACGCCUGAGCCAGUGGAGUCCAGCAGUCCCAGCCUCCUGUCUCCUGAUAACUCUCUGGAACGAUCCUUCUUCAUCCGGAUGAAGUCCACUCUAACAAAGAGAGGUGUGCACAUCAAGUCCUCAGGAUAUAAAGUGAUCCACAUCACAGGGCGUCUGCGGAUCAGGAUGGCUCUGACGCACAGCCGCUCGGUGCCUAAUCAGAUAAUGGGAAUGGUGGUGGUAGCUCACGCCCUCCCACCGCCCACAAUUAAUGAGGUUCGCAUCGACUGCCAAAUGUUUGUCACCAGAGUCAACAUGGAUCUCAAGAUCGUCUACUGUGAGAACAGAAUCAGUGAUUACAUGGACCUGACCCCUGUGGACAUUGUAGGGAAGAGGUGCUACCAGUUCAUUCAUGCAGAAGAUGUAGAGGGGAUCAGACAGAGUCACCUGGACUUGAUGAAUAAAGGUCAGUGUGUGACAAAGUAUUAUCGGUGGAUCCAGAAGAACGGUGGUUACAUCUGGAUCCAGUCCAGUGCCACCAUUGCUAUUAACGCCAAGAAUUCCAGUGAGAAGAACAUCAUUUGGGUCAACUACGUCCUCAGUAAUCCUGAGUAUAAAGACACACCAAUUGACAUUGCCCAGUUGCCAAAUCUUCCGGAGAAAGCGUCUGAGUCCUCCGAAACCUCCGACUCUGAGUCUGAGUCCAAAGAGAACUCAGACAAUGAAAAUACCAAGUCUGAGGGAAAGCCAGGCCACCAAGCAGAACACAGAGAGGAUCCAGAAGCAGACAGCAAACGUCAGCAGCAACCAGGCCAAUCACAUUGCUCAUCCGAGGAAAUGAAGAACCAUGACGACGGAGACAGUUCAAGUAACCCUGAAAGUCAGGACAGUGAUGACAGCCUGGAGCCCUCAGACGGGGAGCAGGAACAGGAGCAGGAGGUGGUCCAAGGAGAGGGGGGAGGACUGGAAGGCAGGUUGGGGAGAUUAGCUGGUCUGGGAGCGCUGGAGGGACUCAACACCAUCAGUGGACUGGGUAGUUUGGGAGGGCUCCAUAUUAAAGUAGAGCACUAUGGAGAAGGAGAGGAAGAACUCCACAACUCACAAAUGUCUUCAUCAGAGGAUGACGAAGAAGAGGAAGAAGAGGACAUUGAUGAGGUUGAUGAUGGAGUACAAAACUGUGACGAUGCCAGUGCUGGCAGUAAGCUCCAGAAAAGGCGGAAAAGGAGAAAAGUGCAAAAAUGGGAUGGAACACGAAGCAGGAGGCUUCGUCUUUCCACAACUCCCCCUAGCCCAGCAGCAAUAGGCGACUCUACACCACAGGCCAAUCCCUCAGGGGCCGCCUCCAUCACUUCCACACCGCUUCUAACUUCGUCCGACUCCCCAAACAGCACAGGAACCACAUCCUCUGUUCUUAAAAUCAAGACAGAGAUGGCAGAGCCUAUAAACUUUGACAAUGACAGCAGCAUCUGGAACUACCCACCCAACAGAGAGAUUUCCAGAAAUGAGUCUCCAUAUAGUAUGACCUCUAAGCCUCCUGCUGCAGGGAGUCAGGAGACAUUCCCUUCCCCACAGGGUGGCUCUCUACAGGUAGCCAUCCCUGACUCGGUCCUCACCCCUCCUGGACCCGAAGGGGCAGCAGGUGGGGUGAGAAAGCCUCCAUACAACGGAAACUCCGCCUCGUCCUCUUCUUCCACUGCUACGAGUUUAGCUCCUCCUUCCAACACUUCCUCCACUGACCCCCUGUCUCCUCCGCUCUCUGCGUCCCCCCGGGACAAGCAACAAGGUACUCCUACAACAUCCUCAAACUCUUCCUCAUCCUCCUCUUCAAAUUCAAGCUCUUCUUCACUGCUGUAUUCUGGGGAUCUUGAAGCACUUCAGCGCUUGCAGGCUGGUAAUGUGGUCCUUCCACUGGUUCACCGCGUCACGGGAACUCUGUCUUCUACCAGCACCACGACGCCUCGUGUCUACACCACCGGCACCAUAAGGUACGCGCCAGCAGACGUCACUUUGGCCAUGGCACAAGGGAACCUCCUUCCCAAUGCUGCCAUGAACUUUGUGGAGAGCUCAGGGUUUGGUCUGGACCCUAAGACGCCUAUGGAGAUGCUCUAUCAUCAUGUCCACAGGCUAAACAUGUCCGCUGCAGCAGCUGCAGGCCCUUUUGUCGGAUCCCCAGCACCCACAGUUGGCAAUGGCAGCUUGGGAGGCCAGAUGUCAGCGACAGCCAACGUUUUCACCACAGCGGAAGGACUUUUCUCAACACUACCGUUCCCUGUGUACAGCAACGGGAUCCACACUACGCAGACAACUCUAGAAAGAAAGGAGGAUUAAUGAAAUACAUCCAAGACCGCAUUACUGUGUUUAAAGAAUCAACAACUGUUUCUAACUCAAAGACUACUCAGUAGUAAAAAAUAGUAAGAAAGAAUUUAUCAGCGUGGAGCAGCACUGUGUUUCCAAGAUGGAACAAAAGACAGGAACUGUCAAACGUACUCUAGCACUUUGAGCAAUUGAGCUUGUGGAAGACAUGGGUGGCCCUCACACACACACACACACACAACCCUUUUCUAUUGAUUUUCUCUAUCACCGAUCUCUUUGCUUCCAUUUAUUGUAAUCAACAACUUUUUUUUCUUACCACAGAUGAACAAAAAAAAAAAAGCAACGAUUCUUUACUGUAAAGAAUUCCUUUUUGCCUACAGAGAAUUCAUGUUGCCUAAGGAUUCCACUGGAGCCUGAAGGGAAUCAUUUUAUGAUAUCACUUGUUUUGGUUGCAUCUUUAUGAAGAUGUUGAUUGUGCAUACUUUCAGGAGGUUGGUGCAGGUAUUUGUGACACACUGAAAAUGCUGUGCCUCUCCUUAUGUAUCUUGAUGUGAUCAAGGCUAAAGAAAAAGAGUUUUUAACCUGAGAGGAGAGGUCAGCUGUCUCAGAGAUAAUCUUUUCACAAAAGGUUUUUGCGAAUGUUUCUUGGUUGAGGGGACAGUAAUCGAUGCUUUUUCCUCUUCUAUUUCUUCCUUUUUAUGAAAUAUUCUAGCUCAGAUGUAACUUUGGAAUCAAACAUUAUACAGAAAAACAACAAAAAAAAAAAGCAAUUUCAGCCGGGUAAAGACCUGUGAACUAUCGAAUGUUACUACAAGUUUCCUCAUUUAUCUGAGGAGUUUACCUACAGGUCUCACACCAAACAUAACCUCCACUUCAUCUACUCCCAUCUCAGUCUGUUGAGCUUUCGUACCUUCACUCUGCUUAUCUGACCCUUAACUUUCUGUCCACAUUUUUUCUGGUAAUUCUACAGAUUUGUGGUGCUAACAAACGUCCAGUUACCCAGUUUCAGCUGGCUGAUGUGGGUACUGUAAAUUCGGCCCUCCUGUCCUUCCUCCAGUUUGAUUAAUGUUCAUUUAAUUACUAAUCUUCAGGAAUGUCAGAAUACACACGACAAUGUGAAGCUGAUCACUAGAUGUUUAGGUUCUCUUCUGUUCUUUUUAUUUC